CAGUAUGUGGAUCGAAUAUCGAUCUCAUGAACAGAAGGUGACAAACCCUCAUUGCCAAGUCAGAGCAAGGCAUCGUAUUCAUUCGUCUCCACCCCAAUGGAGCAAAGCUUUGCAUCAUUCCAAUCAGUUCCUCAUUACCUUCUAAGAAUAUUACUUGUAGCUCUAUAGAUAAUCCCACAGGCCGCAACCAUUUGUCUAUAUAUAUAUAUUUAGUAGCUUUCUCUGUUAUAUAUAUAUCUACGAUAAUUUAUCAGAAUAUCAGUCAUUCAUGUUUCGAUUCUGCACCUGUUUCCGGCGGCGCCGGCGGCGCCGGUCGGCGUGGCACGAGUACAGGGUGUGUUGCUUCUUCCGGCGCCGGUUCAGGCCGGUGUCGACCGAUCCGCCGGAGGCGAUCAGGAAGGAGUUCGAGGAGUACGCGGACGCUGGCGGUGUGAUGGGGGUCCGAGAGCUGGCCGAGUUCCUGGCGGAGGUGCAAGGGGAGCCCACAGACUCCGGCACAGCGCAGGCCAUCAUCGACGACGCCAGGGAAGCGAAGCCCCUGAAGGUGUUCCAGAAGAAGAAGGGCCUCUCCCUCGACGCCUUCUACGGCUUCCUCUUCUCCGACGACAACGCCGCUCAUCGUCCCGACGGAGUUUCCCAAGACAUGACUGCUCCACUGGCUCACUAUUUCAUAUACACUGGCCACAACUCCUAUUUAACAGGCAAUCAGAUCAGCAGCCUCUGCAGUGAUGAACCAGUCAUAAAGGCAUUAAAAAAUGGAGUGAGAGUCAUUGAACUUGAUCUCUGGCCUAAUAAAACACACACUGAUAUUGAUGUUCUUCACGGAGGUACAUUGACUCAGCCAGUGAAACUCAUCAAAUGCUUGACCUCCAUUAAGAAAUUUGCCUUUGUAGCAUCUGAAUAUCCAGUCAUAAUCACUUUUGAAGACCAUUUAACUGCGGAGCUUCAAGCUGUAGUAGCUCGGAUGCUGACGGAGACUUUUGGAGCCAUGCUGUUUACUUCAGACUCCAAGUCGCUAGAAAAUUUUCCUUCUCCAGAAGCAUUAAAAAGGAGAAUCAUAAUCUCCACUAAACCACCAAAAGAGUACCUUGAAUCAUCAUCCAAGGUGUCCAAGGAAGAAGACGAAGAGCAAAAGGGAGGCGAAGUGAAACCAUGGAGUGGAGAGCUUUCAGAUCAUGAAGACAAACCUACUGAUAUUCAGCAACAAGUAAGUGACCAGCUUGAUCGUGAAGAAGAGGAUCAGAUAGUAGCGCCUGAAUACAAGAGUCUGAUUGGAAUUGCAGCAAAGAAACUGAAGAGUGAUUUAGGGGCCGCUCUCAAGAUUGAUCCUCACAGUGUGAGUCGUCUCAGUUUAAGUGAGCUGGCAUUGGAGAAAGCUACUGACUCCCAUGCAACUGAACUCGUGAGGUUUACUCAAAAGAACUUGCUGCGGAUAUAUCCCAAGGGCACUCGAGUUACUUCUUCCAACUACAAACCAUUGCUUGCUUGGGCGCAUGGUGCUCAGAUGGUUGCACUAAACAUGCAGGGGCAUGGCAAAGCAUUAUGGUUGAUGCAGGGCAUGUUCAGAGCAAACGGAGGCUGUGGGUACGUGAAAAAACCAGAUAGAUUGUUGAAGAAUGAUGAUCCAAAUGACGUCUUUGAUCCCAAAGCUGAACUGAAAGUGAAGAAGAUUCUCAAGGUGAGAGUGUAUACUGGAGAUGGCUGGCGAUUUGAUUUCGACAAGCAUCACUUUGAUCCUUAUUCUCCUCCAGAUUUUUAUACAAGGGUUGGGAUAGCUGGUGUGGAAGCUGAUACAGUAAAAAUGGAGGAAACACAUGCAAUCGAGGAUGACUGGACGCCGGUUUGGGAUGAAGGGUUUGAGUUCCGGUUGAGGGUUCCCGAGCUCGCAUUGCUCCGGAUCGAGGUUUACGAGCAUGACUUGUCGGAUCCCGACGACUUCGCCGGCCAGACUUGCUUGCCGGUGUGGGAGUUGCGGACUGGAAUCCGGUCAGUGAAGCUUUGCGAUCAUGAGGGAGAGACUCUCCCGUCGGUCAAGCUAUUGAUGCGCUUUGACAUCAUUGAUGUGGCUUGAGAUCCUAAAGUUAAUGUAGGCCUAAUGGGCCGGGCCGGGCCGGUUCUAACUAGACGGAUGUCACGGACUUAAAAGUGGAAUUCAAUUCAAGUCAAUUUCACUUCCGCAAAAGGAAACUUCUUCUUCUUAAAAAAAAAAAAAAA